AUCAACACCAUAUUACGAGGAGAGAGAGAGCUCUUCGUAACGAUUGGACCAAAGAAAGAUCCAUCUCCUACACGAUAUUGUUUCAUUAUCGUUAUAUUUUAUGUAUAUAGACAUUGUGUUGACUGUAUCACGCAUCGCGACCGUCUUCAAGCUUGCCCAAAAUCGACUUUGCUAUUUUUUCCUUCAGAAAACGACAUAAUUUUGCAUAUGUAGAGGUUCGCCUUGAAGAGAUCUGGAUCUGGAGGUCGCGGGACGGGAUCGAGCUCUAGUUUUGUAUAUGUCUUUUCUCUGUACGGGAUCGAGAUCUGGAUCUGGAUCGCCGAGAUCUGAAGUUUUUUGCCGCAAUGCAGAAAAGGUUCGCCUUGUCGUUUCCUGAAGAGGUGCUGGAGCACGUCUUCUCGUUCAUACAGUCGGACACGGACCGUAACUCGGUGUCUCUGGUCUGCAAGUCGUGGUACGGGAUCGAGCGAUGGUGCCGGAGGAAGGUCUUUGUCGGGAACUGCUACGCCGUUGGACCCGCGACUGUUAUCCGGCGGUUUCCGGAGGUAAGAUCCGUGGAGCUGAAGGGAAAACCACACUUCGCCGACUUCAAUCUGGUGCCUGACGGCUGGGGAGGAUACGUGCACCCUUGGGUUGAGGCGAUGUCGACGUCGUACACGUGGCUGGAGGAGAUAAGGCUGAAGAGGAUGGUGGUCACCGACGAGUGCCUGGAGCUCAUCGCCAAGUCCUUUAAGAACUUCAAGGUUCUCGUGCUUUCUUCCUGCGAGGGAUUCUCCACCGAUGGUCUCGCUGCCAUCGCCGCCAAUUGCAGAAAUCUGAGAGAGCUUGAUUUGCGAGAGUGUGAUGUGGAGGACGUUAGUGGGCACUGGCUCAGUCAUUUCCCCGAUUCAUACACAUCUUUGGUAUCCCUUAACAUCUCGUGCUUAUCAUCUGAGGUCAGUUUCUCUGCUUUGGAGCGUCUGGUGAGUAGGUGUCCUAAUCUGAAGUCUCUCCGACUCAACCGUGCUGUCCCUCUGGAAAGGCUUGCGACCUUACUUCAGAGAGCACCACAGUUGGUUGAGCUGGGCACCGGUGGUUACACAGCUGAACUGCGACCAGAUGUUUUUUCAAGUUUAUCUGCUGCUUUCUCCGGUUGCAAAGGGCUGAAGAGCUUGUCUGGGUUUUGGGAUGCUGUUCCUGCAUAUCUUCCUGCAAUUUAUUCUGCUUGCAGUGGACUUACAACAUUGAACCUGAGUUAUGCUACUGUUCAGAGUUCUGAUCUUGUCAAGCUUCUCAGUCAGUGUCAGAAAUUGCAGCGUCUUUGGGUAUUGGAUUACAUUGAGGAUGUUGGCCUUGAGGCGCUUGCAUCAAGCUGCAAGGACCUACGGGAAUUGAGAGUGUUUCCCUCUGAGCCCUUUGUCAUGGAACCAAAUGUGUCAUUGACAGAACGAGGGCUUGUCUGUGUUUCCGAAGGCUGUCCAAAACUAGAAUCAGUUCUCUAUUUCUGCCGUCAAAUGACAAAUGCAGCCUUAGUCACAAUAGCCAGGAACCGUCCCAACUUGACUCGUUUCCGUUUAUGCAUCAUUGAGCCAAAAGCUCCAGACUACAUGACUCUGCAGCCGCUGGAUGUGGGUUUUGGAGCAAUAGCAGAGCACUGCAAGAAGCUACAGCGGUUCUCACUCUCGGGCCUUCUGACUGACAAGGUGUUUGAAUACAUUGGGACCUAUGCAAAGAAGUUGGAGAUGCUGUCAGUCGCAUUUGCCGGGGACAGUGACCUUGGGAUGCAUCAUGUUCUGUCCGGGUGCGAUAACCUUAGGAAAUUAGAGAUAAGGGACUGCCCCUUUGGGGACAAAGCGCUCCUGGCCAAUGCUUCUAAGCUGGAGACAAUGCGAUCCCUUUGGAUGUCUUCAUGCUCCGUGAGUUUCGGGGCGUGUAAGCUGCUUGGCCAGAAGAUGCCGAGGCUCAACGUGGAAGUCAUUGACGAACGGGGUCCACCCGACUCUCGACCAGACAGCUCCCCUGUCGAGAGGGUCUACAUAUACAGAACAGUGGCAGGUCCUAGGUUUGACAUGCCUGGCUUCGUGUGGAACAUGGACGAGGACUCUACCAUGAGGUUUUCCCGGCAAAUUGCGACAUGAAAAGAAAAAGUGGAGAACCCUAAGUUUAGUGAAGCAAGUGCCAUUGACGGAUACAAGUGCAUGUGCAUGUGCAUGUGACCUUGUAAUGGUUGCAGAGGUGAGGUGGUCGGGUUAUGAAGGUGAAGAGCGGUCGAUAGAUAAUUUAAAAGAUGGAGAGCCGAGAAAGUGAAAGAGCUCGGACGCCAGUUAAUUUUAUUGCCUCGGCUGAGCCACUGCCACCACCGCCUGAACACCGCCCCAGCUCAUUGGUAAUGAAUAAGAAUUCAGAGACCCUUUCAUUUUAACUUUUGGCGGGUUGUCUAUAUGAACUGCUCUACUACCAGACUUAAAACGCUUUUAUGUCUUUUCUCUGUAACGGUAACAUUGUUUCCAUCGU